AUGUACCAAAGCCCAGGCGAGAAGCACGGCUUCCAGCCAUCCUAUCAGCCAGUCGAUGCUCAAAACCAGAACGAGCACGAACAAUGGAAACCCAGCUUCUUCGGUGGCGUUCCAUGGCUCGGUACUGCUGGAAUUUUCAUCGCCAUUGCAUCUGCCGUAGGCAGUAUUGCCGCUCUUUAUUCUGCAAACAACAAGGCCGUCGACUCUUGGCCUAGUCAACAUGCACCCAUUCAGCUCACAGUGAUGCUCGCUGUACUCAUCGCUAUAGGCAAUGUCGGCCUUCGCAUCGCUCACAAAGAAGGCACAACCCUUACCUGGUGGAUAAAGAUGUCUAAAGGCGCGACAUUGGCCGACAGCCAUAGGACUUGGGAACACGGAUCCAGCGCUUGGAGCUCAGCUCUAGCAAUCCUUCACUUACAUAUCAGCAAGAUUGGCCUGGUUUCUAUCCUUAUGGCAUUCCAUUUUGCCAAUGGGCCUUUGAUCCAGCGCGCAACCGACGUUACAACAGGAAGUAGUAUAGAGCCUGCAACCUUUCAGGCUCACUUCUCACCAGAUAUGUUCGAACAAGCGACAGGGUACUACCAGACCCGCUCUAGUGUGGCAAGCACUUUGUCAACCGACUUUAUGAAUGUCAUCCUUGCCCACACCAACAGGGAGCCCAUCAAACUCGAUCUGAAGGGCUGCGAUGGCGUUUGCUCGGGUACCCUGAUUGGUGCAGGCUUCGAUUUCGACUGUGUCCAGACAAAUCAGAAUUACUCGGUCGGUCCGGGCUAUGGUAAUCAUGGAACGAUGUGGGAUGUUGGGAGCAUUCAAGUCAACAUCACCGACAAAUGGUAUCCAGAUACGGUGAAUGUCACUACGAAAUACAAGGGUGACGCCGCGAACGUUGGAAACUUGACAGUCACAACCUGUAUACUGCAUAGCGCGAGGGUAAGAUAUCCCUUUACGUAUACCAAUGGUACUGUUGAACUCGAAGCGCCUACUCCAACGACAGAUGGAAUAGCGAAUCGGACUGAGGAGAUGAUAUACCUCGAAACAGAGACGUCUGGUAUGGGAAGAUUUAGCUCGAGGCUUGGAGGCUUUGGUAUCGCUCUAUCUCACAUAUACAACAGCAACGUGCAGCUGUAUUUGACAGGCAUGAUGGCUUUGCAAGGGGAAGGGCUUAUGCAGUAUUCGUGGAUCAGCUCGAAUGAUUCAGCAUUGGGAGAGGUAUAUAUGACUUGGUCUGACCCUACACCAUCGAUCUUGGGAGCAUUCAACGAGAUAGCGUUCCGCACAGCUGCUACUUUCAGCAACUCAUCCUUUGAGCAGACUGUCCAAGGAACUCAGAAGCGCACGUUCAUCAAGUACACCAUCAACACAAACUUCCUCGCCGCUUCGCUGGCUGUUACCUUUGCCAGUGCUCUGGCCAUCGUGCUUCUAUACCACGGCUUCUGGCUUCUCGGUCGACCGGUGACGAUGAGUCCCCUGGAGACAGCCCAUGCAUUCCAGUCCCCUGCCACCGCUGGAGCAGAUGCGGUUGAGGCCGAUGAUCUGGCAAAGGUGUUUGAGAACAACAAGGUUAGAGGAAGAUUGAAAUUCUGCUUUGCCGUCCCUACAUCGCCAGGCACGCCAGAGCCCUCAAAACCCAGGAGGAACCUUUUGGUUUCUCGACAGGUCAACAUGAGUCCCUUCCAACGUCUUCCAAACGAGAUCCUCGACGCGAUAUUCAUCCAUCUGUCGCCGCACGAGGUUUGGAAAACCCAGCAAUCCAGCGCUUCUACUGAACAGGCACUGGAUUCUCAUAUGCGAACACGACCCCACGCCAUCGAUUCCUUGAUGUUAUGGGCUUGUGACACUGGCGACAAUCAAGCGGUUCGCAAGGCUGUGUCCUUGGGAGCGGAUGUCAGUGUUGUGAGGGCUUUACUAAACGAUAGUUCUUAUUCCGAACGCUUGACAAUUUACCGCGCUUCGUAUUACCCAGACACGGUCCGUCUACUCUUAGAUCUUGGCGCGCGCAUUGACACAGAUUUCAAGGCGGCUUCGGACAAAAGGUGGGAACGUUUUCAGAGAGAUCUCGACCCCGAGGUCUACCAACUGUUCUCGGACCGCGGCAUGACUGACCAGUUUGUCGACUUCCAGGCAUGUAUUGAUCACUGUCUUUAUAUGCAGAUCGAUAACAGGUGGUCUGGCACGGAGGACAUUAUUGAAGCGUUGGAAAGAAUCUCUAUAUUACUUGAAUUGGGGGCCAGCUCCGUCGCACUCAUACUGGAUGACGGGAACCCCGUAGGAACGACGCUCUCAUACUUAAUUAAGUCUAUAUACGACUGGGGGAGAUACCCGUCGGAAUGGUGCCUUCCUACCCUCAAGCUUCUCUUGUCCAAACGGCCAGAUCUGAACGCCCCUUCUCUAGAGACGACGCGAAGGUUCCUGGAGCGAAGUUUGCCAGGAGAGCUCGGUGUGCUCAUAUCAUGGCAAUCGUGGGUUUGCCCCAUUGCGGUCGCCGUAGGGUGCAUGGUAGAAUUGGGCACGACAGAGGUCAUGGACAUAUUGCUUGAAGCUGGAGCUAAGCUGAACCUCCCGACACACACUUGCUUUCAGCCUCUUGCUCUAUACGCAUACUUAUCUGAGACCUAUGAUGGCCCAGGAUACAAGUACCUAGAGAGCAAUGGCGCAAGCUUUGAGCCUCUCUGGCACUACGUGGAGGAGUCUGUGGAUGAUGGCGCUUCGAUACCUAUUUUCCAGCUCUGUCAAGAUUUGAGCUACUUCAGCCCAGACUUCUAUGACGCAGCAUUACUUGUCGACGACAAACUAUUCGGUGUGGUAAAACUCUUCACCGAACGGGGUGCUGUUAAGAAUGUCGGAAUUCGAUUUAUCGAGGAUAUUCUUCGACCAAUGGGCGAAGGACCUUAUAAUGCCGAUACACAGUCCACUAUUAUUAAGCGUUCUCACAUUCUUCUGAAAUUGACGCUGCAAGAUGACAAUCUCAACCCAAACAAGCCUGGAGAGAUUUGUGGCCUUUUCUCAGAAAUCGUGGAUCAAGCAAUCAACAACCCAACAGGAACUCAAGUGGUUAACAUCAUUGACCCUAUUAUUGCUGCUAUGCUGUUGCAGAAAGGUGCAAGGCUAGAGACUCGCAGUCGCACGAAAGAAGCCAGAGACCACGUUAUUUCCCAGCUGCAGAGGGACCCCUACAAUAUCAGCUUCGAUAUCUGA